AUGCAGACUCUGCGUGAAAAGAAGACAACAUUAACUCAGAUCCUGUCUGCUGAUAUCAGCUUUGUCCUCCAGUAUGUGCAGCAGGAACAACUCAUCACUGAUCGUGAAUACAAAAACCUCAAUGUCCCUUCUCACAGCAAUGAACAGAUUUCUAUCAACUUACUGGACAAACUGAUGGACAAGGGUGAAGAAACAUGUCAGAAAUUCAUCAGUCUAAUGAAGGAGCCAAACAUUGUGGCCACAUUUCCAAAGCUUAAAGAUCUUUUCCCAACUCAGUCUGCAGAGCUGAGACAAGAACCAAGCUAUCAAGAGGUCACAACCAAACUGAAGUCCAGUCUGAAAAAGAAAUAUGAGCGCAUUUUGCAUGGUAAUUCAAUAACAGGCCAUACAAAGUUCCUGAAUGAUAUUUACACUGAUCUCUACAUAGUGGAGGAUGAGACUGGAGGAGUCAUUCAUGAACAUGAGAUUAUGCAGGCUGAGGCAUCAAUCAGGAGAUUUACUACAGAGGAAACUCCAAUCACAUGCAGUGACAUUUUCAAAGUCCCAUCUGAUCCAGGUCGAAGAAACAGAAAAGUGCUGACUAUGGGAAUCGCUGGAGUGGGGAAAACUGUCUCAGUGAACAAAUUCAUACUGGACUGGGCAGAGGAAAAGUCCAACCAGGAUAUAGAUUUUAUUUUUCCACUUCUUUUUCGUGAAUUGAAUUCACACACACACAAAAAAAAAUAUAGCCUGAUAGAGUUGCUUCAUGAAUAUUUUGAAGAUUCUGCUGAACUGCAGUCUCUUCCAGAGGGCGAUGGUAAAGUCAUGUUCAUUUUUGAUGGACUUGAUGAGUGUCGUUUCCCUCUUGACUUUACUGAGACAGAGAAAUUGAAAAAGAUUAAUCAGAAUACAUCAUUGGGCACACUAAUAACAAACCUAAUCAAGGAAAAUCUGUUUCCCUCUGCUCUCAUCUGGAUAACCUCCAGACCAGCAGCAGCCCAUCAGAUCCCUCGAGACUACAUUCACCAAGUGACUGAAGUACGAGGAUUCAGUGAUGAACAAAAGGAAGAGUACUUUAAGAAGUACAAUAAGAACCAGGAUACGGCCAACAAAAUGAUCUCACACAUAAAGAAAUCAAGGAGCCUCCACAUCAUGUGUCACAUACCAGUCUUCUGUUGGAUAUCAGCCACUGUGCUUCAGCCAAUGCUAGCCAAAGUUACCAGUAAAGAACUCCCUACCACUCUGACUGGGAUGUACACACAGUUUCUGAUUUUCCAAAUACAUCAAAUGACAGAGAAAAAGGGGGCUAAGAAGAUCAGUCAAAUUAGAAAGCAAGAUAAGGCUGAAAAGAUCAUUAAGAAGCUUGGAAAGUUGGCCUUCUAUCAGCUGGAGAAGGGUAAUCUGAUAUUCUAUAAGGAAGACCUGAGAGAGUGUGGCAUUGAUGUCAGUGAGGCUUCAGUGUACUCAGGAGUUUGCACACAGAUAUUCAGUCAAGAGCAGGGAGUCAGUCAGACGGUGGUGUUCAGCUUUGUGCAUCUGAGUGUUCAAGAAUUCCUUGCUGCAGUCCAUGUGUAUCUCUCACAUCAUUACAAGAGAAAGAAUCCACUUCAUCCAAGCACAAUUGCGAACAGAUUUAAAUGGCUGUUUAAGAGCACAGAAGCUUUCUAUGAAUCUGCUAUAGACAAGGCCUUAGAGAGUCAGAACGGACACCUGGACCUUUUCCUCCGCUUCCUUCAUGGCCUCUCACUGGAGUCCAAUCAGCGACUCCUGAAAGAACUACUGCCACAAACAGCAAUCAGAUCACAGAGUGUGGAGAAAACAGUCAACCACAUCAAGAAGACAUUAAACAGCAACAUCUCAUCAGAGAGGAGCAUCAAUCUCCUCUACUGUCUGAAUGAACUGCAGGAUGACUCCCUUGUAAAUGAAAUUCAAAAGUACUUGGGCUCAGGACAUCUCUCAACAGAGAAACUGUCAUCUGCACAGUGGUCAGCUCUGGUCUUUGUCCUGCUGAUGUCAGAGGAGACUGAAGAAAAGUUUGAGCUGAAGAAAUACAGAGGAUCAGAUGAAGGCUUGAAGAGACUUCUGCCAGUACUGAAAAACACCAAACGGGCUCUACUUGCAGGUUGUAAACUCACUGAACAGUCCUGUUCAUCUAUAGCCUCAGUUCUACAGUCAGUAAACUGUCCCCUGACAGAACUGGACCUGAGUAACAAUGACCUUCAGGAUUCAGGAGUGAAGUUUCUCUGUGUGGGACUGAAGAAUCAACACUGUAAACUGGAGAUACUGAGACUUGUUCUCUGUAAACUCACUGAACAGUCCUGUUCAUCUAUAGCCUCAGUUCUACAGUCAGUAAACUGUCCCCUGAGAGAACUGGACCUGAGUAACAAUGACCUUCAGGAUUCAGGAGUGAAGUUUCUCUGUGUGGGACUGAAGAAUCCACACUGUAAACUGGAGAUACUGAGGUUGUCUGGUUGUUUAGUGAGAGAGAAAGGUUGUUGUUCUCUGGCUUCAGCUCUGAGUUCAAACCCCUCACACCUGAGAGAACUGGAUCUGAGCUACAAUCACCCAGGAGACUCAGGAGUGAAGCGUCUCUCCACACAGAUGAAUCAACACUGUCGACUUAAGUCAGUACAUGUGGACCAUGGAGGAGAAUUCAGGAUCAAACCAGGACUAAGAAAAUAUGCCUGUGAUCUCACACUGAACCCAAACACAGCACACACACUCCUCUCUCUGUCUGAGGGGAACAGAAAGGUGACAUAUGUGAGAGAGAAUCAGUCGUAUCCUGAUCAUCCAGAGAGAUUUGAUUACUGGGAACAGGUCAUAUGUAAAGAGAGUCUGACUGGACGCUGUUACUGGGAGACUGAGAGGAGUGGAGAUUAUGCUGAUGUAUCAGUGACAUAUAAAGGAAUCGGGAGGAAAGGAGGGAGUGAUGACUGUAGGUUUGGACUCAAUGAAAAGUCCUGGAGUCUGUGUUACCGUGGUAACAGUUACUCUGCCCGCCACAAUAAUCAGAGAACUGCUUUACCUCACCACCCCUCACACACACACAGAGUAGGAGUGUAUCUGGACUGGUCGUCUGGAACUGUGUCCUUCUACAGCGUCUCCUCUGACACACACACACUCACACACUUACACACAUUCUACUGCACAUUCACUGAACCCCUCUAUGCAGGGUUUAGGGUUUAUGGCUCCUCAGUGUCUCUGUACGAGACAGACUCUCUGUAUUGGCUGCUAGAGGAGACACUGAUCAAAGGAGUGUGUUUGGGUGUGGCAGCAGGCCAGGACAGUCUGAAGAUGCAGGCGAGGCAUGACAAAACACUCAGCAACAUGUACAACACAGCCAACCCAAAACCCAACCAAAGCCAUGUUGCUCCAAUUUUGGACCUUAAGUUUGAGGCCAGACUGGCCUUCAUUGCUUCAGAUGCAAUAAGGGAAGAAGGCAGAGCCACAAAAAUCUUUGAGGCAUAUCUGUGA